AUGGAUGACCGUGCCCCGUCGCCGUCCCCAAGUUAUUCACUCUGUGAUGCCGAAUCUGAUUCCAGUUGGCAGACAUGCUUCAGAACCGAGACAUCAGAUCUCCAUAAGGAGGAUGGCGUACCAACACAAUCAUCAACAGCAUCGGAAACUCCCUGGAACACGUCCAAACUCCUGUCGAUGUCACUGAACGAGAUUGAAGCAGAACACGGUCGCAUCCUUCACAGAAUUAAAGACCUAGAGAAGAAACUAGAGCCUUUGUCUUACGACUUGGACUUCUGGUCCUCCUACGCACAGAUCGAUCAACUUCAGGUUCAAGGCAUCGCACUCGAGGCCCACGAACAGUUCGUCAAGAAAAGAUACUUCGAGGAAUUGGACGUCGCACGCUUUGGAGCCUGGCUGAGUAAGACAGAAACACAGUACAGAUGGCAAGCUCGUCACUUGGCACACCAAAAAGCCGUUGACAUUUGCAACUACCAAGUUAAUAAGUCUGAUCCCGACCAGGGUCAACUAGAGGAAAACUUUAUGAAGUUCUUCCGAAGCCCAAAUUAUCGGCCAAGCUACCAAAACGAGAAGAUGUUUCGGGAGCAGCUGGCAGAAAAGUACCACGCCGGUCACAAAGCGGAAAAGAAGUAUGAAUACUGGGAUCCUGUGCUUGGCAAGUGGCCUCCACAUGAUCGCUGUCGGCCAGUCCGACUCUUUCCAAGUCGCUGGGUCGAUAUCAUGGACAGAAUUUUCGGCGAAGGAGCCUCAAAAGAUAUCUUCAGCGCUUACAACGAACUUUUGACGCAUCCUAUCAUUGGUCGAGCUCUUGAUGAGGGUAUUCUGGCUCUCAUACCAGAUGAAUUUGACGAUGCGAAAGGCUAUCAAGUUGUUGUGAUCGACUACUGGCAUGAAUGCCUUGAGAUGCGAUUGGACCGUGCGAAUCCGGAGCUUGGUGUAACGUUUCUCUGGGAACUUGAAGGCCGCAUGCUUUCCUUUCGCGACGAUUUCAGACCUAAGGCACAAUACAUGUCGUGGAACUAUAUGAGCUCAGCUAUAGUUGCUGCUUGGAGAUCCAAGAAUACCCAUGGUUAUUACAAGUCCAAGAUUAGGGUCUACGUUGAGGAUGACAAUGAAGUCAUGAUUGCAGGGCACCAUGCUGAUCCAAAGAUUGACGAUGGCUUCGAUCCCACCAAAGCUAAUCAUGAAGCUGCAGCAAUCAUCGUUUCCGAACAAGCCAGAAGAGGGAUUGACGACAGGGACCGCGUAUGUGUGGACGAAUAUGAACGUCUCGGUUGGGGCAUGUGCGCCCAAAUUCUGGACUCAUGGGCAGAAGACAUCGCGAUAGAAAUCCAAAAGGAGCUUCUGGAAAGUAAAACCGCCGGCGAAUCCAUCGGAGUCGAGGACUGGAUGGCGCGGAAGGAUAACCAUAAACUCAAAUCACGAAUGCUCGCUCUCAAGCAGUUGAGCAUAAUCGCCAAAAGAAGACGAUCCAGGGAUAGGUGGUACGAUGGACUUCACAAAUUUAUCAGUUUUUUCGAAAUUGACGAUGGCGCUCAAGUGGAAGGCGUGUCCCAGGAGGAAGCCUUCGCUCACAUCAUGUGCGGCGCAUACUGUCCCAAUCCGCCCGAAUGCAACCAACGAUGGGAUCCUGUUCUUCAUGAAUGGGGAGGCUUUCGAGUUGUUCGUGCGAGGCAUCUGUGUACACCACGUCACCAAGACUUACUGGACAACUGGAUAUAUGAUGAAAAUACACCUGAGCAAUGGCUCAGUGCCCAGAAUGGUCUAUUCAUUCACGAGGACAUUGCCCAGGGUCUGAGGGAUGGCGUACUCUGUAUUGUGCCGGACGUCGGCGUCGAUCCGGAUGAGUUUGGCACCAGCUGGCGAAAGACGGACCAGCGAAAGAGAUGCAGACGAGUCAUCGAUAAACAGAUUCAACGCGCAUGCCGACACUGGGGAACCUGGGGUUAUGAGAUAUUCGAAAGGUUUGUACGAGACUGGCUUUUCGACAAUGACUUUUUGGAGGCCAUGAUUGCAUGCGAACGAGCAUAUCCUGGAGAGCAUGAGGUUGAGAAGGCUGAAGCUGAAGAGGCAUUCAAGAUUUUCAACUGA